AAUCCCAUCAUUUCCGUUAAAAUCAGCGAUGGAGAAACGUGUUGAAAUUGGCGACGAUGGUGCCCGAAAAUGUAAUUCAUCCCACGAGAACUUGGGUAUCAUGAAAUUGAACGAUCACAAAGCUGGGAUGCAAGGAUUGGAUACAGCUAAAAUUAAUCAAAUCAUUGAAGAGGCUUCCAAAGGUUCUCAAUUUUAUCAGCACAAGCAGAAAAAUCAAGAAAGAAUUGAUGCCAAGAUUGCUAAUUUGAAGGCAGCUUGUGCCAAAUUGACUGAAGAGCAGAAGAAAAUGGCCAGAGCCAAAAUGGACAGUCUGGCUCAAAAACUUGAACAGACCAGGGAUUUGUCUCGCACAAUGGUGCAUGUGGACAUGGAUGCUUUCUAUGCUGCUGUUGAAAUGAGAGAUUGCCCAGAAUUGAAGACUAAACCCAUGGCAGUUGGCUCUUCGUCCAUGCUGACUACAUCCAAUUAUCUGGCCAGAAGAUUUGGCGUCAGAGCAGCCAUGCCUGGAUUCAUAGCCAAAAAAUUAUGCCCUGAGCUGGUGAUUGUCCCCACCAAUUUCCCAAAGUACACGGAAGUGAGUCGUCAAGUGCAAAAAGUGUUUGCUGAUUACGACCCCGAGUUUAGCGCCGCUUCGCUGGACGAAGCUUAUUUGGACCUGACGGACUUUCUCUGCGCUCGUAAAGAGUCUGGUGCCGAGAUGACGGCCUCGGAAGCUGUUGAGGAGAUGAGGGCCAAGAUCUUGGAAUCGACCCAAUUAACGGCCAGCGCUGGCAUCGCACCCAACGGAAUGCUGGCCAAAGUGUGCUCGGACAAGAACAAGCCCAACGGCCAAUUCAUUUUGGAGAACAGCAAAGAGGCGGUCGACGAGUUCAUCAAGGACUUGCCCAUCCGCAAGAUCAGCGGCAUUGGCAACGUGACGGAGCAGCUCUUGGGCUCGUUGGGCAUCUCCACGUGUCGAGAUUUGUGGAAUCAUCGGGAAUUGCUUUACCUUUUGUUCAGCGAGUCCAGUUACGACUAUUUCCUGCGGGUCGCUCUGGGAAUCGGUUCCGGUAGUGGUGGCGGCGAUGGAUCUGAAAGGGAACGUAAAUCGGUGAGCUGCGAGACGACGUUCCGGUCGACCAGCGACCGUAAUGAAUUGUGCGACAUUAUCCGUCAAUUGAGCGCCGAUUUGGCCCAAGACCUGGAACGUCACGGUUUGCUGGGUCGAUCAGUGACGUUGAAAUACAAGACGGACAAGUUUGACGUGAAGACGCGGAUCACGCAGUUGACGGGCUACACGGGAGAUGGCGGUGUGAUGGCCAAGGCGGCCACCAGUUUGCUGCCGUCCGGGUUGAACUUGCGACUGUUGGGCGUUCGCAUGUCGCAGUUGACGCCGUCGUCGUCGUCAGCUGGAACCGGAAAUGACAAGCCUUGCCGGAAGCAGCGCACUCUGAGCGAACUACUGGCCGUCGAGUGUCCGGCCAGGAAGAAGAGGAAAUUGGAGGAGGACGGACAAGUGCUGUCCUCCUCCUCCUCUUCGGAACCGGAUCCGACUCUGGCGUCUCUCUUAUUCACCUGUCCCGUUUGCCACUCGUGGCGGACGCCAGACGGUGAAGUCGCCCUCAACAGCCACAUCGACGAAUGUUUGAAUCAACAAGUUCUCUACCCUCCAGCUGAGACAACAACACCAGCACUCGCAACAACCACUUCUUUGGUGUUGCCCAGCUCAUCUUCUUCUUCCACUUCUCACCAGACGAAACUCGAUCGAUACAUAAUCCGCCGUAGUAAAUGAUUCCCCCUUUUAGUCUUCCAUUCCCAAUCCACUUUUAUAGAGUUUUAAUAAUUGAUAGUAGAUGAAUUCAUUGGAUGAGGGUGGGUGGGUGGGUAGAUUGAUGGUUGCCGCUACGAGUCGCUGUCGUCGCGGCUCUUAUCGAUUCGCCGAGAUGUUAAUGAUGAUGGCCCUUUUCAAUAAUGUAGUACAACCGUCUGCUACCACUGUCGACUCUCUCUCCCCCCCAAUCGGAAAUCCAAAUGUCAACAGCGCAACCAACCAAGUUCUUUCGCGUGUUCCCCGCACUCCUCCAUUUAGACUGAAAAGGGAGGGUGGGUGUAUAUAUCCAACCGUUUCCAUAGCGACACUUUCGAGUUCACAUCAAACGGAGAGAUAGAGAAGAACCCCCAUCACGCAGCUUCUUCUUCUUCUUCCAACUUUUGUCAAAGUCCGUCAAUAAUCAAUAAGACACGGGUCGAUUCCAUCGGCCAUUAGAUUUUCAUCCAUCCCUUUUUAUUUCAUUUAAUCUCAAAUCUAAAUCUUUCAAAUAUAAAUGCGGUGGAGGGAGGGUCAGGUGGGGACCCUGGACUGGGUAGAUGAUAUAAAUAUCCGGUAGGGAGGGAAGGAAGGGAGGGGAGAGAGAGCAUUGUCGUGUUCGUGUACUUUGCAGCGUCGACUACGUAAUGACGCGCGACGAAGCGAGGAUUUGAAUAAUGUAAUGGAGCAGGAACAGGAGGAGGAUGGAGAAGGGAGCCGAGUUUUGGUUGUCAUGGCGAUUGCAUCCAAUCCUAACAAAAGAAUCGAUUUCCCCUUCCGGGCGGAUCUUUUCUUUUAAAGAAGAAGAAGAAUAAGACGGACACUGUGGCACGCGUUAUUGAGCUGCUGCCGAGUCGAUAAUGACACACAUGUCAGUCACGUCUCUCAUCCGACAAAAUGCAGUGUAGAAGUAAUAGUAGUAGGAGAUCGGUGGCCUCCUCAUCUUUUGAUGUGUCUGUCUCUUUCCCCUCCGCCAAUUGACGGAUGAUUGAGAUAUUUCCCCCAUCAGCUGGAACGAAGGGAAUAAGUGGGCCAUCACUUAAUUGCCCGCUGAGUUGCAAUUCUUUUGUGUCUGUCUCUGUGUCUGUGUGCGUGUGUGUCAUCCGACGACGUUCCGUUUGAUGUUGCGGCUCUCCACGGCAGCAUCCAGCGGGAAUGGGAGAAGGCAGAAAAGUUGAUCUGACACACCACCGCCAAUUCCCCAAUGAAUUCGUCCUGGAGAAGAAGGAAGAAGAAGGAAGGAAGGAAGAAAAAUCUGUGCCCAGCGAAAUUCGUUUCCAUCCAUCAAGUCUCUAAUUGAGUUGCUCCCCCCGUAUUUUCCCCGUGUGCACACGACUUGUAAUUCAAUUAUCUUUUUGAUUCAUUUUCACAGGCUGACCAAAAAAAGAAAAGGAAAUAAAAGAAAUCUGGGCGAAUGUGAAACGGAUGCAAUCAAAGGCCCAACGGCAGUUUCCGGAAUAGUCCCGCAGCAGCAAAAACUCCUUUUCUUCUUCUUCUUCUUCUUUUUGAGUAGAAAAAAGAAAAAGAAAAUUGCUGACUCGGCUAUAGGAUACGACCCUCUCGUGAGAUGAGAAAAAGGAGCCCAGUCAGCUCCUGUGGCGACGUUCGCUUGUCAACAGACUCCUCCUCUCCUGGCCGAUCGAUACUCUUAGGAGGAGAGGAUAGGAGAGGCGACGACGGCGACGCCACUGGCAGACUCUGGCGCACACUUUCGCCACACUCACCGAAUAUCCAAUCAUAAACAUGUCGGGACACGAAACUUUUUUUUAUUCUGGAAAACCCCCCCGGGACCCGGACCAAUGAAAUUACCAACGACCCCGACAGUUUUUCGGGAAUCCUCGUGACUUUUGGCCACGAGGUCCAUCGCGCGGUAUCCCGGCCCGGAAAAUCUUGUGACGUCCAGUCGUCGGUGUCGGU